AUGUCCACCAUGCGCUCCGCCCAGAUCCUGGCCUCAGCCCUUGCUGAGAUGCAGCGCUUCUACGGGAUCCCCGUCACUGGUGUGCUCGACGAAGAGACCAAGACGUGGAUGAAGCGGCCCCGCUGUGGGGUGCCGGACCAGUUUGGGGUACGCGUGAAAGCCAAUCUGCGGCGGCGGAAGCGCUACGCCCUCACCGGGAAGAAGUGGAACAACCACCACCUGACUUUCAGCAUCCAGAACUACACGGAGAAGCUGGGCUGGUACCACUCGCUGGAGGCGGUGCGCCGAGCCUUCCGCGUGUGGGAGCAGGCCACGCCCCUGGCCUUCGAGGAGGUGCCCUACGAGGACAUUCGGCUGCGGCGGCAGAAGGAGGCUGACAUCAUGGUACUCUUUGCCUCUGGCUUCCACGGCGACAGCUCGCCAUUUGACGGCACGGGUGGCUUUCUGGCCCACGCCUAUUUCCCCGGCCCUGGCUUGGGUGGGGACACCCAUUUCGACGCAGAUGAGCCCUGGACCUUCUCCAGCACUGACCUGCAGGGGAACAGCCUCUUCUUGGUGGCAGUGCAUGAGCUGGGCCACGCACUGGGGCUGGAACACUCCAGCAACCCCAGUGCCAUCAUGGCACCCUUCUACCAGUGGAUGGACACUGACAACUUCCAGCUGCCCGAGGAUGACCUCCGGGGCAUCCAGCAGCUCUAUGGCACCCCAGAUGGUCAGCCACACCCCACCCGGCCUCUUCCCACUUUGACGCCCCGGCGUCCAGGCCGGCCAGACCACCGGCCCCCCCGACCCCCCCAGCCACCACCCCCAGGCAGGAAGCCAGAGCGGCCCCCAAAGCCGGGCCCCCCAGCCCAGCCCCGAGCCACAGAGCGGCCUGACCAGUAUGGCCCCAACAUCUGUGACGGGGACUUUGACACAGUGGCCAUGCUUCGUGGGGAGAUGUUCGUGUUCAAGGGCCGCUGGUUCUGGCGAGUCCGGCACAACCGUGUCCUGGACAACUAUCCCAUGCCCAUCGGGCACUUCUGGCGUGGACUGCCUGGUGACAUCAGUGCUGCCUAUGAGCGUCAGGAUGGUCGUUUUGUCUUUUUCAAAGGUGACCGAUACUGGCUCUUCCGAGAAGCAAACCUAGAGCCUGGCUACCCACAACCGCUGACCAGCUAUGGCCUGGGCAUCCCCUAUGACCGCAUCGACACGGCCAUCUGGUGGGAGCCCACGGGGCACACCUUCUUCUUCCAAGAGGACAGGUACUGGCGCUUCAAUGAGGAGACACAGCGCGGAGACCCUGGCUACCCCAAGCCCAUCAGCAUCUGGCAGGGAAUCCCUGCCUCCCCCAAGGGGGCCUUUCUGAGCAACGAUGCAGCCUACACCUACUUCUACAAGGGCACCAAAUACUGGAAAUUCGACAACGAGCGCCUGCGGAUGGAGCCCGGCUACCCAAAGUCCAUCCUGCGGGACUUCAUGGGCUGCCAAGAGCACGUGGAGGCGGGACCCCGAUGGCCUGACUUGGCCCGUCCGCCCUUCAACCCUGAUGGGGGUGCAGAGCCUGGGACAGAUGGAGACCAGGCAGAGGGCGAUGUGGGCGACAGGGAGGGGGACUUCGGGACUGGGGCAGACAGGGACAGGGACGGGGGCAGCCGUGUGGUGGUGCAGAUGGAGGAGGUGGCACGGCCAGUGAACGUGGUGAUGGUGCUGGUGCCGCUGCUGCUGCUGCUGUGCGUCCUGGGCCUGGCCUACGCCCUGGUGCAGAUGCAGCGCAAGGGUGCACCCCGCAUGCUGCUGUACUGCAAGCGCUCACUGCAGGAGUGGGUCUGACCCCACCCAGCCCCCCUGCUCCUCACGGUGCUCAGGGGGCCGGGACACAGCACUGUGCUUCUGAGAUGGCUCCUCGGGGUACCCUGGCAAGAGCAUCUGGAGGCUCCCUCAGCCCCUGCGUGGGGGUCCCUCCCGGCCUCAAACAUACCUUGUCUGUCCUGCCCUCCUUGUUUAUUUAUGCCCAGGUAUCUUUCAGGUAUCUCUUUUUUUUUUUUUUUUGGCACCUUAAUUGAACAUUUGUUUCUGCUUUCCUGACCAGGGCAGGGUGUUUAGAGUUUUCUAAAUGUAGUUCUGCUCCAGACAGGGAAUUAGGCUCCUGUCUACCUCUGGCUUGGCCACAGCCAGGGGAGCAGGGGGACAAAAGCCCACAUUGGAAGAGUUGUCAAAGGGCCAUUGAGGUUCAUCCAGCCCUGGCCCUUCUUUCCCCUGAGCCCCAGGGCCUUACUGUGGGCUGUUUGCAGGACCUCCACCCUCCUAAGUCUCUCUUUGCCUUAGGAAGAGCUUAUCACCCUGGGGCAGCCAAGGCUGGAGGGCCAGGGAGGAGAGCUGGCCCAUUGGCCUCUGAGUCCAUGUGAAGCUUGGUUCCUUCACAACCCACUGAGCAGCUCCGGCACCCCUGGCUCCUUGUGCCUAAGAACCCCACCCCACUCUUGGCCAGCCAGCAGCUCCCAGCUCCCUCCUACCCCUUGGGCCCACCCUUCCUUCCCUGCCUGGAGAAGGGGCUCUGGGCCUGCCUUACCAAGGACCAAAGGGAGUCAGCUGAGGCUCCUCCCUCAAGGGAAGCACUGGCCGAGACUUCCCUUCUCUGAGCUCUGGCCCACCUGCUCCUUCCCUCGGCCUCUCCCUUCCUCUCCCUCUCACACCACCUUUCGUGGGGGUCUCGGAGUUCCAGCAGCCUUAGGUUUCAGCUGCCACCAUCCCCAUCCUUGGGGAGAGAAGGGGCUGGUUGGAGCCCAGGCUGGGGCAGUGGAUGUCCACAGACCUGGGUCCACCUGUGUGGAUGUCCACAGUGCCACGCACCAGGCUUGGGUGUUUCCUCCCCUCCAGCUCCCUGUCCCCCCAGGAGGAGAGACACUGGUGGGACAGGCCAGCAACUUAUCCCCCCACCUGGACUGUGGAACCCCCGAAGGAGCCCAUUGUGGCUGUGGAGGCUCCCCUCCUCCUGGGCUCAGCCUGAGGGCGGAGAUGCUUCCUUCCUCUCUUCCUUCCCAAAGUAAGCAGGAGGCUGAGGCUGUUGUGGGAAAUGGUACUGUACAGCUGGCUCUAUCCCCUCUGUGUCCCUGAAGCCCUGAGCAAGUGGGGUCUGCCACCCAAGAUCCCCAAGGCCCCUGGGGUGUGGGGGUGGGUUCUGCCGGCCUCUCCAAGUGGCAGCUUCUCAUGGGCUGGCACCAAGUGCGGGUCCAGAAGCUCAAACAUCCCACCUCCCCCCAUGCCACCUCUGUGGAACUGGAGAGCCAGCCGAGGGGUGGGGGUUGGGGUUCCAGUGUCCACCUCCCUAUAUCAUUUCUGUAAAUAGUCUGCACUGAUUAAAUUGUACAGCCAGCGA